AUGACAAGGUUUUUUCUCUCUGAGGGAGCAGAUGUCAACUUACGCUGCCAGAACGGCGAUACUCCUUUACAUCUCACUCUCCGUAAGUUCGUGUUGGACCUUGACGAAACGUCUCCCUCACAACCUUCGGAUUUCGUCAGAGUACAAGACGCGUGGUCUGACGGCAGGUGGAAGAUUGAGAGCCUUAAAGAUAUGAUAGAAGACUCUGAAGACGAAGAUGCCGCUGAAAUAUACCACACCGUCACAAAAGCGCGAAUAGAGGUUAUCGAUAUUCUCCUCGGGCAUCCCAACAUUGAAGUUGGCUUGAAAAAUAUCAUUGGAGAGACACCAAUGCACCUGCUUCCUUUCGGCAAAGAGCACUCUAUGACUCUCUUCUCGAAGCUAGCAAACAAGUCUCCACAAAUGACCGUCCUCAAUGAUAAAGGGCAAACGCCAUUACAUAUCGCCUGUCUCAAGGGGGACCAGGAAAUUGCAAACCACCUGCUUCAUUUGGAGCCUUCCUCCGCUUCCACUUUGGAUUCGCAAGGACUCAGCACUUUACAUUAUGCCAUACGCUCAGAAAAUAUUCAAAUAAUCACAAUUCUCUUGAGUCACUUUGCAAAACAAGGCUGGAGCACAUGCACUCAAGAACACCGAAGAUCCCUGUUGCAUUUCUACCUUGAAAGACCGUUAUGUUAUCCAAGGAUGGUUAAUGUUCUCCUGGAUUACGGAGAGAGCGCGAAUUUUAUCAAUAAAGAGGGGGAUUCGCCCCUCAGCAUCUACCUCAAAUCAUAUCACCUGGAGAACAAAAGGGCAAUUUGUCAGUUGUUGAUUGAACACGGUGCUCACCCAUUGUGGACGAACAGCUUGGGUGAAACCCUCGCUCAUGUCCGCAUGCACUCUUCUGUGGAGGACGGUCAAGUUCUUCAAGUAUUGCAAGAUUUCAACCUUAACAUACUUGCCAAGGAUCACAGCAACAAAAGCAUACUUCACCAUGCAGCCAUUUACGGUACUGUCAGUCAGCGGCUAGUCGCGUCUUUACCAAAUCAUUCUGUCCGUUCCCUUUGUGAGCCCGAUUAUGAUGGGUUGACCCCGCUUAUGUACGCCAAGAAAAAAUGUGCCAGUGAAGCAGAGGUCGAAGAUGAGUUUCUCAAUGAUCAAAAAUGGCAGACUAGUUUGGAUCUCUUACGCAAGAUGGAGGCAGAUUUGGUGGAGUAA